CUUCCCCCCACCACCACCACGUGCCGCCUCCUUCCUUCUUCCGCACGUUCCUCGUGACAAGCAGCUGAUCGGCGCUUUUUGCUCCCUCCGCCGAGGACGGAGCGCACGACCCGAGUGAGCGCAGCAGCGAUGGAGCGCACCGCGCCUCGGACCCCCCGUCUCCUCCUCCUCCUCGUGGUGCCACCGCUGCUCGCCACGCUCCUCGCGGUGCUGCUCGGGCCGGUGCGGCCAUGUGCGGGAGCCCCGGCGAUGAGCAGUGGCGAGGAAAAAUGGGGCUAUGUGGCGAUCCGCCCCCAGGCCAAGAUGUUCUGGUGGCUGUACCCAUCGAAGAAGGCCAGUGUCCAGCCCCUGGUCCUGUGGCUGCAGGGUGGACCCGGGGCCUCCGGCACUGGCUUCGGGAACUUUGAGGAGAUCGGGCCGCUGGAUAUUAACUUACAGCCACGGAACACCACAUGGCUGGCGGCGGCCAGCCUGCUGUUUGUGGACAACCCCGUGGGCACGGGCUACAGCUACGUCACCUACCAGGACGCGUACGCGCACAACAUCUCCACCGUGGCCACCGACAUGCGCGUGCUGCUCGCCGGGUUCUUCGCCGAGGCCAAAGAGUUCCAGACGGUCCCCUUCUACAUCUUCUCCGAGUCCUACGGAGGGAAGAUGGCCGCCGCCAUUUCGCUGGAGCUGCUGAAGGCCAUCAACAACAAGGAGAUCACGUGCGCCUUCAAGGGAGUGGCGUUGGGAGACUCGUGGAUUUCCCCGCUCGACUCCGUGCUGACCUGGGGACCCUAUCUGCACGCUACCUCUCUGCUGGACAAGCCGGGCCUCAAGCUGGUGAUGGAGGCAGCCAACGCCGUGAAGGAGGCCUACGACGCGGGGCAGUAUGCCAACGCCACGCGACUCUGGUCCUUGGCGGAGGACGUGAUCUCUAGCUACACCAACGGAGUGAACUUCUACAACAUUCUCACGCAAGACUCAACCAAUCACUAUGUGGACACCUCUGCUACAAAACCACGGAAAAAAACACUUGCCAAACUCUACCAGACUCACGUUGGACGCUUGCAGCAGGAGGCGCUCAGCCAGCUCAUGAACGGAGCCAUCCGGAAGAAGCUGGCAAUCAUCCCGGAGGACGUACGGUGGGGAGGCCAGUCGGAAGAUGUGUUCACGAACAUGGCAGCGGACUUCAUGAAGCCGGUCAUCGACAUGGUCGACGAGCUGCUGUCGAGCGGGGUUAAGGUCACCGUCUACAAUGGGCAGCUCGACCUCAUCGUGGACACGCUGGGGCAGGAGUCUUGGGUGCAGAAGAUGAAGUGGCCAGGCCUCGAUGCGUUCAACGAGCUCAAGUGGAGCCCCCUGUCCCUCGUCUCAAGCGACAACGUGGCCUACCACAAGAGCUACGGCAACUUCACCUUCUACUGGAUUCUCAAGGCCGGACACAUGGUUCCGUUGGAUCAGGGCGACACAGCCCUGGAGCUGCUCCGCAGGGUUACGGGUCAGGAGUCUCUUCUCCGCGAGCAUUAAACGCCGCCAAUAAAACACCCCAAAUGGGGUUACGUUUGUGCACUGCAAAACUAUGCAAUAACCACAUUUCACUAUGCAGUCAAAUUCUUGCUCCGAUGCGUUUUCAGAUUGUACUGCACGUGUAGUUUGGCACGUGUCGUUCCACGUGCUGGAGGAGCUUCGUCAGCAUCUUUAAGUUCAGUAACUUCAGUUGAAGCAGGAAGCUUCUCAAACUUAUUCUCAGAACUCCAGUUCCGAAAGCUCCCCAAAACGUGAAACUAAAGUCAAGACGUGGCACCAAAUACGAUGCAGUACAACCUGGAAGCACUUCGGACAGCAAUAGAGAACUGGGAAAGCUGAUGUAGUGUUGCUUCCCUGACAAAAUAUUUUUUAUUUUGUAGAUGUAUCGUUUUAAAGCCAUUUUUUAAAUCAUUGUACAAACACGUAAUUUGCAGAGACAAUGGUUCCACUUGUAUUAAGUUUACACAAUAAAAAAAUUAAACAAGACAAAUCGAUCUAUUAAGCUUUUAUUCUCAAGUUGUAACAGACUAACAAAAACACGGAUGUCCAAAAUGUAUUAUCUUGCAAGGUAGUAGUUUUAAACCGCUUCAAGCCCUCUGCAAGGUCUAAACUAUAACGUGUACGACUACAAAGCAUACUAUGUAAGGGUACACUCAAAAAUCUGGACUGAUAGGAGGCAAAUAUUGGCAGUUUUUUAACUUUCAUUGCAAAGCAAUUGUCGUUAUAUACCAGUUUCCUAGAGAUUCCACCUGGCUGAACUGAUACGCCUCACUCUGAAACGCAAGAGGAAUUCAAAUUGUUUACCUUCAAUUGUAGACAUGGGUUCAUAAACACCAACACUCAUGCACGGGGGAAUAAUAAAACAAUCAAAGCACACAUUGUACCCGAGUGAACUGUGAACACCGUCCAAUUUUAUGUUAAAGAAAAACAUUUAGAAAACGUGCAAACAGGUACACUUUGUUUGAUUUUGAGAAUGUGCAUUUUUGUGUAAUUAAAAAUAAAAUUUUG